AUGCACAAGACUACACUCCUUGGACUUUUGGCCUCGAGCCCUGUCUCGGCCCAGCUUCACAGCCUGGCGCAGGCCGCUGGACUCAAGUACUUCGGCUCAGCUGUCGAUAACGGAUAUAUCAGCGAUGCGCCCUACAGCAAGCUAGCUGACGACGUUGAGGAGUUUGGACAGCUCGUUCCGGAGAACGGACAGAAGUGGGAGACUGUUGAGCCCAAGCAGGGUGAUUUCGUUUACACGACUGCUGAUGUUGUCCCGGAUCUUGCGAAGAAGAAUGUUUCCGAUGGUGCUUUCUCUGCUGAGGAGCUCACUGAGGUCAUCGAGGCUCAUAUUGCCAACGUUGUUGAGCACUACAAGGGUGAUUGUUACGCUUGGGAUGUGGUCAACGAGGCCAUCGAUGACAGCGCCGAGUGGCGAGACAGCGUCUUCUCCCGCACUCUGGGAACUGACUUCCUUGGCAUCUCCUUCAAGGCUGCCCGCAAGGCCGAUCCCGCUGCCAAGCUGUACUACAACGACUACAACCUUGAGCAGAACGGUGCCAAGACCGACAAGGCUGUCGAGCUUGUCAAGCUUCUCCAGAAGGAGGGCGCCCCCAUCGACGGUGUUGGUUUCCAGGGUCAUCUGAUCGUCGGCGAGACUCCUUCUCGCUCUGAGCUCGCUGCCACUUUCAAGCGCUUCACUGAUCUCAACGUUGAGGUCGCCAUCACCGAGCUUGACAUCCGCCACGAGUCUGUUCCCGCUACCGCCUCUCAGCUCAAGACUCAGGGAGAUGAGUACGCCGAUGUUGUUGGUGCCUGCCUCGACACCAAGGGCUGUGUUGGUGUUACCGUCUGGGGUAUCACUGACAAGUACAGCUGGAUCCCCGGUGUCUUCGAGGGUAACGGCGAGGCUCUUCUCUACACCGAUGACUACGAGAAGAAGCCCGCCUGGACCAGUGUCUCCAGCCUUCUCGCCGCUGCUGCCACGGGAGCCCCUACCGGCAGUUCGGUUGCCCCCGUUGAGACUACUGCCCCCGCUACAACCCUCGAGACCAAGACCAAGCCCGUCUACACUGUCCCUGGCACUACGAACUACAUGAACACCACCGCUCCUCAGACCGAGCAGACCCGCACUGCUCUUGCUACUGAGACUGAUGAUAACGAUGAUGACUGUGCCGAAACCGAUGCCCCCUUCCCUACAUAUGCCAUUCCCACCAACGGAACCCAGGUCUAUCCUACCAAGGCUCCUGUCGACGAUGACUCCGAUGAUGACUGCGCCGAGACUGACGCCUCUUUCCCCACAUACGCUGUCCCCACCAACGGAACUCAGGUUUACCCUACUAAGGCUCCCGUUGACGAUGAUGACUGUGCUGAGACUGAGGCUCCCAUUCCUACUCAAGCCCCUGCCCCCUCUGGUGAUUGCGAAGAGGACGACGGCGAGUUCGAGCCCACUGUCGCUGCCGUCGAGUCCACCGCUCGCGUCCCCGUCGUCCGCAGCAGCUCAGCCUACACCUAUAAGUGGAACACCGAGACAGCCGCUCCUCAAGUUCCCGCUCCCACAGGCACUGCCCCCGCUUACCCCGUUGGAACUGGCUCUGGCGGUGUUGUCAAGCACUACUACCAGUGCGGUGGUAAGAACUACAAGGGACCUACCGAGUGUGAGAAGCCCUACAAGUGCGUCGAGCACAACGAGUACUACUUUCAGUGCGUUUAA